CGUGGCACAGGGCCACAGGCUUAGCCACUGGCUGUGCUAUAUAAGGCCUGGUGGCUGGACCGCUGGAGAGAAGAAGACUUGCACCCCUCAGCUAGGAGUCCCGCUCAGGACACGGUCAUUUGAUCAGAGAAACUUCUCAGGGAACCGCAGCCCAACUCUGUAAAGCACCUUCCUCCACCUCCUGCCACGUUUCCCACAGCGCCUGGGGGAAAGAUGGUGGGGAAGAAAGCCUGGGUGUUCUUCUUCCUGGUCCUGGAAGUCACCUCUGUGUUGGGGAGGCAGAUGAUGAUUACCCAGUCAGUGAGAAGAAUCCAGCCUGGGAAGAGGACCCCCAGAAUCUUUGCCAAGUCUGCUGACCCCCUGGAGAGUCCCGGAGAGUGGACAACAUGGUUCAACAUCGACCACCCAGGCGGGCAGGGUGACCAUGAGAGGUUGGAUGCCAUUCAGUUCUACUAUGGGGACCGUGUGUGUGCUCGGCCCCUGCGGCUAGAGGCUCGGACCACCAACUGGACACCCGCAGGCAGCACUGGCCAGGUGGUCCAUGGCAAUCCCCGUGAGGGCUUCUGGUGCCUCAACAGGGAGCAGCGGCCAGGCCAGAACUGCUCCAAUUACACCGUGCGCUUCCUCUGCCCGCCAGGGUCCCUGCGCCGAGACACAGAGCACACCUGGAGCCCAUGGUCGCCCUGGAGCAAGUGUUCUGCUGCUUGUGGUCACACUGGGGUCCAGACCCGAACACGCACCUGCCUGGAGGAGACAGUGUCACUGUGCAAUGAGGCCACUGAGGAGGGCCGGCUCUGCAUGGACCAGGCCUGUAAAGCCUGUGACCUGACCUGCACCAUGGGCAUGGCAAAUGCUGACUGUGAUGCCUGCAUGUGUCAGGACUUUGUGUUGCAUGGGGCUGUCUCCCUCCCUGGGGGUGCGCCAGCCUCAGGGGCCACUGUCUACCUGCUGACCAAGAUGCCUAAGCCACUGACCCAGACAGACAGCAGUGGGAGGUUUCGAGUCCCUGGCUUGUGCCCUGAUGGUAAAAGCAUCCUGAAGAUCACAAAGACCAAGUUUGCCCCCAUUAUGCUUACAAUGCCCAAGACUAGCCUGAAGGCAGCCACCAUCAACGCGGAGUUUGUGAGGGCAGAGACUCCAUACAUUGUGAUGAGCCCCGAGACAAAAGCCCGGAGAGCUGGGCAGAGUGUGUCCCUGUGCUGUAAGGCCACUGGGAAGCCUGGGCCAGACAAGUACUUCUGGUACCACAACAGCACGCUGCUGGACCCCUCCCUCUAUAAGCACGAGAGCAAGCUGGUGCUGAGGAACCUGAAGCAGGACCAGGCUGGGGAGUAUUUUUGCAAGGCUCAGAGUGACGCAGGGGCUGCAAAGUCCCAGGUUGCCCAGCUGACUGUCAUAGCCCCUGAUGAGACUCCUUGCAACCCAAUCCCUGAAAGCUACCUUAUCCGGUUGCCCCAUGAUUGCUUCCAGGAUGCCACUAACUCCUUCUACUAUGAUGUGGGCCAUUGCCCUGUCAAGACCUGUGCAGGGCAGCAGGAUAAUGGAAUCAGGUGCCGGGAUGCUGUGGAGAACUGCUGCGGCAUCUCCAAAACAGAGGAGAGGGAGAUCCAGUGCAAUGGCUACACACUGCCCACCAAAGUGGCCACGGGGUGUAGCUGCCAGCGGUGUACUGAGACUCGGAGUAUCGUGCGUGGUCGUGUCAGUGCCGCUGACAAUGGGGAACCCAUGCGGUUUGGCCACGUGUAUAUGGGGAGCAACCGUGUAAGCAUGACUGGCUACAAGGGCACUUUCACCCUGUAUGUCCCCCAGAACACUGAGAGGCUGGUGCUCACAUUUGUGGACAGGCUGCAAAAGUUCGUCAAUACCACCAAAGUGCUGCCCUUCAACAGGAAGGGGAGUGCAGUGUUCCAUGAGAUCAAGAUGCUUCGGAAGAAAGAGCCCAUCACCUUGGAGGCUAUGGACACCAACAUUAUCCCUCUGGGGGAAAUGGCUGGUGAAGACCCAAUGGCUGAGCUGGAGAUCCCAUCCAACAGUUUCUACAGGCAGAAUGGGGAGCCCUACACAGGAAAAGUCAAGGCCAGUGUGACCUUUCUGGAUCCCCGGAAUAUUGCCGCAGCCACAGCUGCCCAGAGUGACCUGAACUUCAUCAAUGAUGAAGGAGACACCUUCCCCCUUCGGACAUAUGGCAUGUUCUCUGUGGACUUCACAGAUGAGGCCACCUCGGAGUCACUUAAUGUUGGUAAGGUGAAGGUCCACCUCGACUCAACCCAGAUCAAGAUGCCAGAGCACGUGCCCACAAUGAAACUCUGGUCCCUCAACCCAGACACAGGCCUGUGGGAGGAGGAAGGUGACUUCAAAUUUGAGAAUCAAAGGCGCAAGAAAAGGGAAGACAGAACCUUCUUGGUGGGCAACAUGGAGAUCCGGGAGAGGAGGCUCUUUAACCUGGAUGUUCCUGAAAGCAGGAGGUGCUUUAUCAAAGUGAGGGCCUACCGGAGUGAGAGGUUCUUGCCCAGCGAACAGAUCCAGGGGGUUGUGGUCUCCGUGAUCAACCUGGAGCCCAGGACUGGCUACUCGUCCAACCCCAGGGCCUGGGGCCGCUUUGACAGUGUCAUCACAGGUCCCAGCGGGGCUUGUUUGCCUGCCUUCUGUGAUGACCAGUCCCCCGAUGCCUACUCUGCCUAUGUCUUGGCAAGCCUGGCUGGGGAAGAACUGGAAGCAGUAGAAUCUUCUCCUAAAUUCAACCCAAAUGCUAUUGGUGUCCCUCAGCCCUACCUCAGUAAGCUCAAGUACCGUCGGACAGACCAUGAGGAUCCACGGGUUAAGAAGACAGCUUUCCAGAUCAGCAUGGCCAAGCCGAGGCCCAACUCAGCGGAGGAGAGCAAUGGGCCUAUCUAUGCCUUUGAGAACCUCCGAGCGUGUGAGGAGGCGCCACCCAGUGCUGCCCACUUCCGGUUCUACCAGAUUGAGGGGGAUCGAUAUGACUAUAACACUGUCCCCUUCAACGAGGAUGACCCCAUGAGCUGGACUGAAGACUACCUGACAUGGUGGCCCAAGCCCAUGGAGUUCAGGGCCUGCUACAUCAAGGUGAAGAUUAUGGGGCCACUGGAGAUAAACGUGAGAUCCCGCAACAUGGGGGGCACCCACCGGCAGACAGUGGGGAAGCUGUAUGGAAUCCGGGAUGUGAAGAGCACACGGGACAGGGACCAGCCCAAUGUCUCAUCUGCCUGUCUGGAGUUCAAGUGCAGUGGGAUGCUCUAUGACCAGGACCGUGUGGACCGCACACUGGUGAAGAUCAUCCCCCAGGGCAGCUGCCAUCGAGCCAGCGUAAACUCCAUGCUGCAUGAGUACCUGGUCAACCACCUACCACUGGUGGUCAACAAUGACACCAGUGAGUAUACCAUGCUGGCACCCCUAGAUCCACUGGGCCACAACUAUGGCAUCUACACUGUCACUGACCAGGACCCUCGCACGGCCAAGGAGAUUGCGCUCGGUCGGUGCUUUGAUGGCACAUCCGAUGGCUCCUCCAGAGUCAUGAAGAGUAAUGUGGGAGUGGCCCUCACCUUUAACUGCAUUGAGAGGCAGGUGGGCCGCCAGAGUGCCUUCCAGUACCUUCAAAGCACCGCAGCCCGGCCCCCUGCUGCCAGCACGGUCAGAGGAAGAGUGCCCUCAAGGCGGCAGCAGCGGGCAAGUAGUAGGGGUGGCCAGCGCUGGCGUGGAGCGGCGGCCUCUCCGAGGUUUCCUGACGUCGUUCAGCAGCCUCUGAGCAGCUAAGUCUUGUGGUACUUGGGUUCCCCCCACACCUCACAUGACAGCCAUUUUGAGACUGACGCAUACACUGUCACUUGGUUAAUUUAAGCACAUCUGUUCUGGUGCAAUUUGCUUGUUUGUCUUGUCAUGCUUUUACUUAGUGUCUUUGUCCCAUGAUAAUGAUUGGCACAUAGCCCCCAAAUGGCAAAAUAAAGCCCUUUCCUUUUGUUCUUUAAAAGAAACAUAAGAAAUUGGCCAUUGGUAAACUUGGUUGCUAUCAAUGGAAAUGUACUUCUUUUUCUUUUUGCAUGGUUUGCCACAGCUGCAGUAAUGAUAACCUGAUGUUAAAGUCCAAAUAACCAACAUGAAGAGUAUUUCUUGGUUUUGCUCCACAGGAUAUAAGCAAGGCCUCCAUCACAGUUUCUACAGAUACAUGGCAGUGAAAUAAAAGAAUAAACUACAAUAUUUUACUUGAAAUGUAAAUAACUUAUUUCUUUGCUGAAUUUGGAAAUUUAGUGCACAGUCAAUGUUAAGCUAUUGAAUAUAGACUAAUCAUAGUUCCUUUACCAAGUCUGGGAAGAAUAUUUUCUUAUAUUCACAACUCCCAUUGGUUGCUAAUGAUAUUAGCGUGUUCCCUUUACAUUUGCUUUUGUUCCUGCUGGAAGCCCAGUAUCGCCCAGAGUAGGUAACAAUAAGUGCACAUUUUAUACUUGC